AAUAAUCAUCACUUUUUGACAUAGUAUGUCAAACGAGACGUUUUUAGACGAUAAUUUUACAUGAAUUAUAACAUUUUCUUCUAAAUAAUAAUUAUUUGUAAUGAGUUUCUUAGAGCAACGUUUCGGUGAUUGGACGGAGCCACCCAAACCAACGCCAGAUGACUUUGAAAAUUUUCUACCAUGGGCCUGCGCCCAAAUGCUUCUCGAAAUGAAAGUUGUGGUCACCAGAAUCACACAAUCUGAAUACGUUAGUGUAAAAUCCAGCGUAGGAGGAAAACCAAGAAAACAGAAAGUACCAACACACCCAAACACAAUCAACAGUUCAGAAUCACUAGAGGAACCAGUCGUUUCUACAAUGCCAGCAAUGGAAGCAGACCCCAAAUUAAAUGUCGACGCCGUCUACGAUAACUAUCAAAACUUGGUACAAAUAAGAUUCCUAAAAAACGAGACUAUACCGAGAAAAGUAUGGCAAAUAAUCGGCCUAAUCAUUCGUUUCCAAAAAUAUUUAACUUCAAUAGUAAUCAAUAGUGGUCUGACAUGUGAAACUGUUCACGAAAUAGCUAAGUUCCUACCUUUGUCCCGAAUCACAGAAAUAUGUCUCGACCACUCGUAUAUCAAAGAAGCCAAUUACGAUAUUCUGUUAGACCAGGGCACUUUAAAACAUCUCUCCUUAGCAAGAUGUGGUAUAACCGAUGAAAUAGUAAAAAACAUAGCUCAUAAACUAUUCUAUCACCAAAAAGCUGCAAAAACACUGAUUGCUUUAAAUUUAGCAUCGAACCGCAUAACAGAUGAAGGAGUCCAAUAUUUAGCAGACGCGUUAAGGACUAACAGACAACUCGGUUAUUUAAAUUUAUCAGAUAAUAUGAUCACUGAUGUUGGAGCACAAAGUCUGUUCAGCAUACUUACAGAUUUCCCUCUCACUAGUGCGGAAGCGUACGCUAGGAAAGCAAGAAAAAUGACUUACUUGAAUAGGAAACUAGAUCUAAUCAUCAAGAAAACUAAAGAAGUGAGAGCGGCUGAAGAUAAGAAGUUGGCAAAAAAGAAAAUGGAAAAGAAACCUUUACCGGUGACAAAGAAGAAAAGCGCAGUAAAUGACAAAGAUAUCAAUGUUGCAGUUACAAGGAGUAUAACGAACAUUGAACCAUUAUUCAGUGAGAAAGCUGCAAAUAUUGUAGAAGAUAUGAUUGGGCCAUUUGUCGACCCAUUCGAUGAUUCAAGUACUUUUGUCUCGCAUAAUAAAAGGUUCUGUUACGGCAAUAAUUCACUGUGCUAUUUAAAUAUAGCAUAUAACGACAUAACGCAUAUUAGUGUUAAGAAACUGCGUAAUGUUAUAAUGAAACAGCUCGUUCACGGAAGAAAGCCUAGAGGCCUGAUUAACGUGAGAAUUGAAGGUAAUUAUUUGCCGAGAUCAUGUAAAGAGUUGGUAGAUAUUGAUGAUAUGCUUGAGUCAGGUCUUGGCACUAUUAAUACUAAAAGAAUUUCCAAUGGUAAGAAAAGAGUAUCCAAAGUAGGCAGUGCAAAAAGUGCGGGCAUUUAUUGAAAAACGAUUGUUAUUUUUUUAUAAUAAUAAUAAGUCGGGUUUUCCUUCCUGACGGAACUCCCGAACGCGAGAACCGAUUUCCUCGAUUUUAUUUCGAUUUCGGAAAGGUCUCGGGCUCCGUAAGGUUUAUAGCAAAGAAAAUUCAGGAAAUAUUCAAGAGAAAAGCAGGAAAACUGGGAAAAUCAUUGGUGGCGAAACUGAGUUCGCCGGGUUUGCUAGUACUGUUAUAAAUCUUAAUAAGUGUUCGGGAAUUUUAUUGAUAUUAGUUGUUAAUUUACUAUGAUUUAGAUGUAAUUGUUUAAUUGAUUAUUAUUUAUUUUAAAAUAUG